AAUCUAUGAUGGAGAUGGAUAAUGUUUACUGAAUAUAAGGGUCUGAAGGUGAAAUGUAGUUCUCCUUGUUCAUCCAUUAAUCUUUGGCCUCGUGAUGAUUUUACUUUUGUGUCUAGAGUAAAUUAGAGAAAACCUCCUGUACUGCAGCAGGUUUUUGCAGCAAAGGCCUAUGUUAUAUCAGAUUUUGUGGAUUACCUUUGCCCUAUUAGAUUUCCAAAUUCUGUUGUUUAUUCAGAUAUAACCAGAUGUAUCAUGUAUGUAAUGCUGAAAGUUUGCAAUAAAUGAGCUAUUGCUUCCAUUGACUUCGAUGGUACUAAUUGCUAAUGUAGAUGUGAUUGAUGUUUAAGAGUUUGUUUGGUUCCUGGAUUUUGUAAGAGCAAGUUCUGUCCUUCAAUUCUCACGUUCUUGUCGCAAGAUCCUAGUUGACAAAUUAAGCUCAUUGUAUACUAGGAUUUUUUGACAUAAAAAGCAUAGUUAUUGUAAUGGUCCCCCCACCCCCCAACCCCACACAAAAAAAAAAAAAAAAAAAAAAAUACCUUGUGAUCUGCGUUCCAAUUUGUCUUAUUUCCUUAAAUUUACCUUCCAAUUAGAAAAACCCCAUUAGAUAUGCCUUAUCUACUAGAUUCUCUACUGAAUAAUUAAAUCAAUUUAGUAAAAUAUAAAAAAUCGUUAUUUACAAUGACGUACAUGGGAAAUAUAGAAAAUACCUAUAAUUUUCGUGGGCAUGUAUGGAAAAUACCUUAUAUACAAAUAUCCCAUAUAUACUGCUUUUUUCUACUCGCUGACAUUAAAAACACCUUGUAUACAAAGAAAAGACCCGCCAAGGCUCUUCUUACUUUCUACUCUUCUUCAUUCCCUAAUGGAACCCUUCAGAAAUCCAUCUCGCUUCUUCAUCUACUUCUAUCUCAUCAUCAUCUUCAUCAUCGCCAUUGGUUACCGUGAGAUCAUCGUCAUCAAGCCCAAGUUAUCUCCAUUCGUCAAGAACCAGUAUGCUACUACUUUGGAGAUCAAGAACCAGUCUCAAGCUCUUGUGUACAGGGAUAAAGAAGAGAUUUGCAAUAUCUUUGACGGGAGAUGGGUUGUGGGUCGCGAUUCAGGUUCGGGCUAUGGACCUGGGACGUGCCCGUUUGUUGAAGAUCGGUUCAAUUGCUUCAAGUAUGGGCGCAGAGAUUUGGAUUAUGUCAAAUGGAGGUGGAAGCCAAAGGAUUGUGAUCUGCAAAGGAUUGAUGGCAAGAAAAUGCUUGAAAUGUUGAGGGGAAAGAGAUUGGCAUUUGUCGGGGACUCUUUAAACCGAAAUAUGUGGGAAUCUCUAGCCUGCAUCCUUGGAAAUUCUCUUGAAAACAAGACCAACAUUCUUCAGAUUUCAGGAUCAGACUUCAAAGGAGAAAACACCUGGGCCUUUGUAUUCAGUGAUUAUAAUUGUUCGAUCGAAUUCAUCCAAUCCUGGUACCUCGUUGAAGAUUUCAAAGUAAAGAAUGAGAAUCGAGUAGAGAAAGUUCGACUCGAUCUGAUCAAGAGCAAUGCUCAUCAUUAUAAGGAUGCAGAUGCCAUAGUAUUCAACACAGGGCACUGGUGGACACAUGAUAAAACCUCUCAGGGGAAGGAAUUCUACCACGAAGGCAACAGUAGUUACAGCCAGUUAAGUACAGAAGAAGCUCUGAGCAAAGCGAUGCGAACCUGGGCGCAUUGGGUCGAAGCCCAUAUUGACAUAAGGAGGACUAGGGUUUUCUUCCGAGGUUACUCCUCGUCUCAUUUCGGCGGAGGCAAAUGGAACGAGGGAGGAAACUGCCACGGGGAGACAAUCCCCGUCAUCUACGACAAAGAACUGGUAAAAGCGCCGAAGCUGGUGGAAGUGGUGGAAUCGGUGAUCGAAGAGAUGAAGAGUCCGGUGAUGUAUUUGAAUAUUACAAGGAUGACGGAUUAUCGGAAAGAUGGACACCCCUCAAAGUUUCAGCCGCCGGAGGUAAAGAACCAGGAUUGUAGUCAUUGGUGCCUUCCUGGGAUCCCUGAUGUUUGGAAUGAGAUGCUGUAUGCUAUGCUUUUGAGAACCUUGUGACAUUUUUUUUAAAAAAAUCUUUUGAAAGAGGAAUCAAUUGUGUAAAGGUGUAGAAGAUGAAAAUUUUGUUGAAGAUGUAGAUGUUUGGUAAAGGAUUUUUGAUAUUGGUUGCUGUCAA